ACCUUUACUGGCAUCCUGGCUUAGCGUAAAGCACUGAAUACAAUUGGCGUUUAUUUUGAAACAGUGACGUUUAAUCCGUAAUACAUGUCUUUCGUCUUCUCAUCGAAUUCUCAUUUCAGCUUUCUGAUGUGCGGAUGGGGUGAAAUUUUUUUAUCUGUAGUCUGUAAAUAAAAUUUGUGGUAGCUGAGCCCUUUAUUGAUGCUGUUUAGAAGAAUUAGUAUGAGGCCACUGAUUCGACUAAAAUGAAUCGCAAUUCGGAGCGAUUUGCCGUGCAUGUCCAAAUGGAGUAUGGGCUGUGGCAUUACGGAACAGCUGUCGGUGUGCGUCAGAUUUCACAGAAUCCUGGAUUUCUUGUGGAUUUUGGAUCCCCGCGCAUACCGAUGAUCAAAUGCAUUCCGUUUGAUGCACGCUUUGAUAUUUGCCACUGGCGCCACGCCGGAGAACGUUUCCGUCGUCCCAACAGUCGUUUCACUGGUUUAGUCAUGGGCCCUGAAGAUGAAUACCCGGUGGAAGCGUUCCUGCGUCUGAAUGUGGACGAACCGUGGAAAUGGCACCCCGGCAUGAUGAUUAUGCUGAACUUCACAGGAUUUGCCGAUGCAUGCUGUUUUGUCAUGGUUACAGCUUACCUUAACGGUACCUCAAACCUUUUUGUCCUCCCAAAGGAGCGUGUUCGUUCACCGGUUUCCACAACCCGCCCCGUUGCUUCCCCUUUCGAAAAGACCGAGCUGCGCUUUAAAUUGCGAAUGCUUGGGAUGCGGAAUACAAUACAAUCCUGGCGCAAGCUGAACCUUCCGAAUAAUUCGCGAUCGCCGCAACAAGACGCCCAGAAUAAUGGAAAGCAGUUGCUCUUGUCUCGUGUCAAAAUCCAGAACCUUCCGGCUGAAGUUAUGAUGGAAGUAUUUAUUUGUAUAGAGACCACUGCACAAAGCCGGCUUCGCUCUGUGUACAGCGGUUGGAACAGCCUUCUGACGUCAUCUCCCCUUCAACGGUUCCUCCUUUUCACCGGGUCGACAGACGAUCCUAGUCAUCGCUAUUCAAACAUAGCUUGCCUGCAUGCCUGCUGGCGACCCAUAAUUAUAUUUGCUGGCUGUAGUGCUUCGCGUUCUCCAUCCGACACGACCAUCUUAUCCGGGCCAUUACUCCGCCAAAUCAUGGAGAGAGGCGGUCAUCGGUGCGCAGAGACGCUGAUACUGAGCGGGGUCGCAUGGAACUGGUCGGCGCCCAGUCGUCCGCGGACCACAUCGGGUCGCCGAGAUUUUGUGAUGACGGCAUGCCUCAGCCUGUCCGUACUGGCCGCUGUAUGCCAUACUCUGCUUAUCAAGGAUAUCCACAUGAUCGACUUGUUCUACUCGUACAGUAAGCCGUGCUUUCCAGCGUGCGAAGAUUAUAAACCGGAAUUCACGCGGUGUAUUCUGCGAUUGAGAAUUCGCGAUGGCCGCAUCCGUGGUCGAGGCUUGACCAUUGAGGAUUGGUGGAAUUUGCUAGAAAGCAGUUGUCCCUCGCUGAAGGCCUCGCAGGUCCAGUCGCUCUCGAACUGGAUGGAGGAAUGCUUGCAAACAGAUGCAACGUCUGUGCUUCGUGAUCAAUGGAGCGAUGCUGACGACCGCAACAGAAGUGGCGCAAUUCCCAUUAUAUUACAGGAAUUCCAAAGAAUGGAUCCCCGUGCUGGUAAUCAGUAUCCCCAUGUGAGACUGGAUGAGUGGACGGAAAUUAAACCGCCGUUGGCGACACUCAGCAAACUCACGGUGUACGCCUUACGUACGCUACAGCUGCAACCAAAAUCCCCCGCUACGCGUUCUUUCUGUAUAAAUUUAGAUAUACCUUUAAUUUCAAACGAAGCUUCCUAACUUAAUUUGAAGAAAUUGCUGCUUUUGUUUAUUUAUUCGGAGACGCUGGGCACGAACUAAGAACUACCCGUUGAAGAUAAAAUCAUCGUCAACAUCAUUUGUUCGCUAACCGGAAGCACAUUGAUGAGAUUAAUAAGUUUGACGCUUAGAAUUUUAUUUAUAAUGAUGGUAAAACCGGAGUAUUUUGUGACGGAGGUCACGGAGCUGAUAUAAUCAAAUGACGUAACGCUGCAAUGCAGGAAGAAUUUUUGUUCUGCUUUGACUUUGCUGCGAAGCGGCGCGAUCGUCGUACC